CGCGAUUGUUCUCUUCGUUUCGUUAUCUUCUCCGUCUCGUUUUACGUAACCCUAGCUCCCAACACAACCGCCUCUAUCUCAUUCUCUUUCAUUUCUUCCCCAAACCCUAAUUUCAAUUUACCCCAAUUCCACAUUUUCAUCUUCUCCCCCAAAUCCAAGAUCUCAACCACCUCUCAAACCACGUUCGAAUUCCAAUAUACAAAGAACCGAUUCACGAUUUUACUCGAUUCCGUCACUAUUUUGAUUUGAACGGACAAUAUAAAAUUGGAGUUAUUACUACUGUAAUUAACGCUUAAACGCUUAAAACAGUUUUUAUUGUUGGUGAAUUUUUGUGAUUGACAAUGGUUGGUGGUGGAAGCAGAAGGGACGAUGGUUCGUUGGUAAUUAAGAAUACCAAUGUGUUUGCGGCGCUUGAUACUUUGAAGAAGAAGAAGAAAUCGGAUAAGGAGAAAAAGAGCAAGGCUUCUAAAUCGGGGAAAUUGGAAGCUGAAUCGGAUCCCAAGGUGUUUUGGGCUCUGGCACCGUUGAAUGCAACUUCGUGGGCUGAUGUGGAGGAUGAUGAUGAUUAUUAUGCCACCACUGCACCGCCUCAAUCUAUUUGGCCUGUUUCCGAGCCUCAGGGCAGUGAUGAUAAACAAGAUAAUUUCGAGGAGACUGAGAGUGAGGAAGAUAUUUUAGACGAAGGGGAUGAGGAGGAGGAAGAGCAAGAUCAUGAACCAGAACCAGAGCACGAUGUCAAACCUGAACAUGAGCCUAAGAAGCAUGCUGAAGUUCCUGUUGUACCAAAGGAGGCGGAACGGCAACUCUCCAAAAAGGAAAGGAAGAAAAAGGAACUUGAAGAGCUUGAGGCUCUUUUAGCUGAUUUUGGAGUUGCACCGAAGGAAAGUAAUGACGGUCAAGGUCAAGAGGAGUCACAAGGCGCAUCGCAGGACAAGAAAGGUGUUGAUGGGGAUGUAGAUGGUGAUAAGAAAGAAAUCGUUGCAGAAUCCAAGAAUGCCAAAAAGAAGAAAAAGAAGGAUAAAGCUUCCAAGGAGGCAAAAGAAUCCAACGGUCAGCCCAACAGCUCAGAAACAAACAACAGGCCUGAUACUGGCACUGAAAAUGCAGAGGAGGAUCCAUCUGUUGUCGAUGUGAAAGAGCGUAUUAAGAAAGUUGCUUCUAUGAAGAAGAAGAAAUCUAGUAAAGAAAUGGAUGGUGCUGCUAGAGCUGCUGCUCAAGAGGCUGCCGCAAGGAAUGCAAGGCUUGCUGCAGCAAAGAAAAAGGAGAAGAAUCAUUAUAACCAACAACCUGUGCGGUAAAAUAACCUUGCCCUCCUUUACAUCAAUACAGGAAUUUGUAUUCCUUGUUCAUAUGAUGAUUCUGAAUAAGCAGUUGGUUUAAGGAUCUUGGUGACUACUAGUAGUGGUAUUGCAGUGAAUCUGAGAUAUUGUCAAAGUUUUUUGGAUUUGUGCUGUUUAAUUGUUAUAGACUCACAUUUUGGCACAUAAAAUUUUAGCUUAAAAAUUUACAUGUACUACGUUUUUGUGUAAUGGGGUUCUUAAUGGCCUCGUCGAAUGGCGGAUCAAUUAGUUAGAACUGAGAGAAGUUGAAGUAUACUCUUGAAUGUGCUGUGUUCCUGCUUAUAUUGGAGUAUUAGUAGAUUUU